UUAUAUACAGACACACAUUUUCGAAUCUGUGUUGGACUAUCGUCCCGGCCAUGUAUUAGUUUUUCUAUAUAAACCGAAUAUAUACACACGCCGUAUAUACGAAAUUUGUGCGCGUGUUUGUGCGACAUGCUGGGACUUAUGUACGGUCUCUACGGCCAUAUUUGUUGGUAAAAUUCCACAAACCAUAACGUUUUAUGAAAUUAAAAAAUAUCGGUGCUUUUCAAGUGUCCAUUGAAAAAUAUGCCGGGAAAAGCUCACGGAAGAAGAAAAUAAACCGGCCGAUCUGUCUCAAAGAGUAAUUUUUCGAUCAUCCAAAAAGCCGGAUUUGGAAAAGCCAGAAGAAAAGGGGAAGAAAAGGGUCGGUCCGGAGGAAAAGUCGAAAUCGGAUAAGAAGAAACGAAAAUCGGAUAAGAGAAUUGUGCCGGUGCUAUCCUUUGACGUCGAUGAGAAUUAAAAAAUAAGACAUCUGAAGAACCAGAAUGGCUGAAAUAGGAUCUGAUGCAGAAAUGCACAUCGAUAAUGAGGAUAAUGAUGUAGAAAGUGAUAAAGUAAAUGGUGCUUUUAAUGGCUCUGCAGAACUUAUGGAUACUAGUGAAUGUGCAUCACCAACUACUUCUGUUGAUAAAAACUUAGAAGAAAAUUGUGAGGAUGAAGAAAGUAAUAGUCAAGAUAAUCUAAAUAAUGAGCACAUAGAUUUCAAUCCUAAUGAAAAUAGUAAUAAGAGCUUUGAUGAUAAGGACGACAGCAAAUCUUGUGAUAAUGAUGAGAAUGAUGCAAGCAUGUCAAGACCUGAUUCUGUAGUAAGCGAGAAUUUAUCUAGAAAUCACAAUACAGAUAGUCAAGCUAGCAACCAUAGCAUCAGCAGUAAUGGUUCUUCACAGCAAGAAUUUAGUAAUGGCAAAAAUAAAGAAAAUAGCAAUGAUACUCAAAGUUCUACUUCAGCUAAACAGGAAGAUGGAAUAUUGAUACCAUCCGACAGUGAAGAUGAAGUUGAAGCCUUGGAUGAAGACACCGAAGAAGAAGAGGAUAUGGUGUCAAAUGGAGUGAGCGUUGAUGAACCCAUGAGCAUCCAUUCAGACAGUGAAGAUGAAUGUGUUACUGAGGCUGAACCCAAUAAAACUGAUGAUAACAAACAACUUAAUGGAAACAAAGAUUCUACAGAUGUUCAUGAAAUUGAAAGUGAUAAGGAAGACUGUGUCAUAAAUCUGGAUACUCCUGAAAAAGAAGUUAAGGAGAAACCUGCAGAGACUACUCCUAGACGUAGCAGUCGUAAUAUAACUCGCAAAAAGUACUCUGAAGAUUUUGAACAAGACUUAGAUUUUCAUAAAAAUGUAGAAAGUGACUUAGAGGAAGUUGCUGUGGCUGAUCCUUUGGGGGAUUCAUCAUCAAAUAGAUCUUCAAAGCAAAAAAAAACAGUACCUAUUGUUGUUAAAGACACCAAACGUUUAGUUGAAAUUACAACAAAGAAUAUGACUCCUAACAAUACGGCUAAUAACAAAUCUGGAAAGAAAUCUCCUACUUUAGUGAUAAUUGAUACAAAUUCCAUUUUAUCAGGACGAGGUCCUGUUCCUAUGGGAACUACAAAACAAUCAUUUUCAGUGAUGCCAGUAGCUGUUCCUGCACAAGGAAUGUAUCCAGCAAAUAUUCGAGGGGCAACUAUCACCCCAGUAAAUAACACAACAGUGCAGAAAGUGAAUCAAACAGUGGCGCCAGUGGCAUCUGUACCUAGCUUAGUUUUACCAAAUCUUACAGAUGACAUGUUUGUUGUAGAAGCUCCUAGUUUUAUUGUACCCUAUGUUUAUGAGAAACCACCAACAGAACCUUUCCGAGAGUUUGUUGAUAAAAUGGGAAAAGAAGUUGAAGAGGCCAGAAAAUUAGAAGAAGAACAAGAGAAACUAAAUGAGACAAAGGAGGAAAAAGAAAAAGAAAAUGAUGAACAGAAUAAUGAUGAAAAUAAAGAACCUGAAAUCAAAAAAUCUAAAAAGAAGCGACGGAAAGAGGGUGAUGAUGAUGAAUCUUGGGAUGAAAAUGAUACUUCAGAUACAGAAGAUGAAGAUGAUGUAGAUGGAGAAAAAGUUCAAAAAGAAGUUUUAGUUAAAGACAUUAAAGAAGAUUCUUUAGAAGCUAUUAAGAAGCAUAUUAUAAAAAAAAGUGAUAGUUAUUUUGAUAACCCUAUUGGUAAAUUUUUCAUGAACAUAGGAAUAAAUUUAGUACAAGAAUAUGUUCAAACAGACUUGCUCAAGCAGCAGAAACGAAAAAAUCGAGAAAACAAAACAUCAACUAAUAGUACUGCUACACAAAUGGCAAUAAAUUCAUUAAUUAAAAAUCUUGAGUUCAGUAAAGAAAACAAUGAACCUUAUCACUUUGAACAGAAACGUUGUGAGAUAUGUAAUUUUAAAACUGAGUCUUCAUUGGCACUUGCACAUCAUAUGGAAACUCCACACAUGCGAAACUAUUUCUAUCGUUGUAAUUUCUGUCCAUUUGAGAUUCGAAGUCCUCAUGAUAUCCUAAUUCACAUGGAAGUUGAACACAAAACUAAAGGACGCCUAGAACGGGCAGCCUCAUAUCACCAAUGUCCAAAUUGUCCAUUUGAAGAUAAUGGUAAGGCAAAAUUAGCCAGGCAUCAACUGGCUUGUGCAAAGAAAUUCAAACCUGAGGUCAAUCUUGGACCACCUUUGGACUGGGAGCCUCCAGCCAUCCCAAGGACUUCAAGACCUAAACAAUCAUUAACUAGUGCGGCCUCAGCCUAUCAGCAAGCAAUGGCAAAUCAGGCGCGAAUUCAACCUGCACCAGUGUCUAAAAUGACCUCUGGCUCAAGGGGGAGAGGAAGGCCGGCAUUGAAUAAGGCUUUAUCUGUACCGACAGGAACAUCAAUGAUAAGAGGGAAUAUGAUGUAUAGAACAAAUGUUCAAAACAGUAACCAGUUGUUGCUGCCUAAUAAUUAUUCUUAUAAUGCCAACCAGCUAAUGCAGGUGGUUGGCACCUCGGUAAAUAUGCUGCCUGGCACAAUGGUGGCCACCAGUAGUGGCUCAGUCACUAUUCAGACAACUCCCAGCGGCUCAUCAAAAGCUACAAACAAUUCAAAGAUUUUACAUCAGCCAAGUAUAUCAAUAACUCCAUUGCCUAGGCAAUCUGUAUCUUCGAGUAGCACUAGUAAUUCUCCAACUUCAAAUGCCAAUAAGCCAGGCCAACAGGCUACAGGAAAAGCAGCAUUUGUUAUUUGUGAAAUUUGUGAUGGUUAUAUAAAGGACUUAGAUCAAUUAAGAAAUCACAUGCAGUGGAUUCACAAAGUUAAGAUUCAUCCAAAGAUGAUUUAUAAUAGGCCGCCAUUAAAUUGCCAAAAAUGUCAGUUUAGAUUCUUUACUGAUCAAGGUUUAGAAAGGCAUUUACUCGGAUCUCAUGGUUUAGUGACUUCAUCUAUGCAAGAAGCAGCUAAUAAAGGCAAGGAUGCUGGCAGAUGUCCAGUUUGCGGUCGAGUUUACCAAUGGAAAUUAUUAAACCACGUUAAUCGCGAUCACAAUAUGACUUUAAAACCUGCACACCUCUCCUACAAAUGUACAGUAUGUACGGCAACAUUUGGAAUGUACAAACAAUUUGAAAAUCAUGUCUAUUCAGCGCACAGUGUGGUUGCAAAGAAAGUCAUGGAUAAAAAAGCAACGCCUGGCAGUGGCAGCAGUAGUAGUCCUCUAAAUAAAGGUGGAGACUCCUUGUUGAAGCCGUUAAAAAUUAAUGAUGAAAUAACUAUUAUACCUCAGCCACCUAAGCCCCGGCCUGGGCCUGCUAGCAGAACUGCACAGAACAGCAGUGCCACAUUGACUGUCACUAAAAAAUGAUGUGGUAAAAAGCAGAAGAAUGAUGUUU